UCCGCCCCGCGGCAAGAUGGCGGCGCCCGGACCCUGCCACGCAGACUUCCGCCGGGCGGAGAGACUCAGGGCCGGCUGCGGGCCGCGUCGGAGGUGAAGUCGGGACGCGCCUGGUGUGGAGCCACAGCUCGGGGGCGCUGGGGCAACAUGUCGCAAGGAAACGCCGCAGGCGAGCCGAGUGGUCCGGGAGGGCCCCGACCCCUCCUCUCUGGGGCCCGGGGGCUUAUCGGGCGGAGGCCGGCCCCUCCACUUACCCCAGGUCGUCUUCCCUCCAUCCGCUCCAGGGACCUCACCCUCGGAGGAGUUAAGAAGAAAACCUUCACCCCAAAUAUCAUCAGUCGGAAAAUCAAGGAAGAGCCCAAGGAAGAAGUAACCAUCAAGAAGGAGAAGCGUGACAGGGAUAGAGACCGGCAGCGAGAGGGGCAUGGACGGGGGCGGGGCCGCCCAGAAGUGAUCCAGUCCCACUCCAUCUUUGAGCAGGGCCCAGCUGAAAUGAUGAAGAAAAAGGGAAACUGGGAUAAGACAGUGGAUGUGUCAGACAUGGGGCCCUCUCAUAUCAUCAACAUCAAAAAAGAGAAGAGGGAGACAGAUGAAGAAACGAAACAGAUCCUGCGCAUGCUGGAGAAGGAUGAUUUCAUCGAUGACCCUGGGCUGAGGAAUGACACUCGAAACAUGCCUGUUCAGCUGCCGCUGGCUCACUCAGGAUGGCUUUUCAAGGAAGAGAAUGAAGAACCAGAUGUUAAGCCUUGGCUGGGUGGCCCCAAGGAAGAGGACAUGGAGGUGGAUAUACCUGCUGUGAGAGUGAAAGAGGAGCCCCGGGAUGAGGAGGAGGAGGCCAAGAUGAAGGUUCCUCCCAGAACAGCCAGAAAGACCCCAAGCCUUCCAAAGGACGUAUCUGUGGCAGAGCUGCUCAGGGAGCUGAGCCUCACCCAGGAUGAAGAGUUGCUGUUUCUUCAGCUGCCAGACACACUCCCUGGUCAGCCGCCUACCCAGGACAUCAAGCCUAUCAAGACCGAAGUGCAGAGCGAGGAUGGACAGAUGGUGGUUAUAAAGCAGGAGAAAGACCGGGAAGCCAGGCUGGCAGAGAAUGCUUGUACCCUGGCUGACCUGACAGAGGGUCAGGUUGGCAAGCUGCUCAUCCGCAAGUCAGGGAAGGUGCAGCUCCUCCUGGGCAAGGUGACUCUAGAUGUAACGAUGGGAACCACCUGCUCCUUUCUGCAGGAGCUGGUGUCCGUGGGCCUUGGAGACAGUAGGACGGGUGAGAUGACAGUCCUGGGACACAUAAAGCACAAACUUGUAUGUUCCCCCGAUUUUGAGUCCCUCUUGGAUCACAAACACCGGUAAAAUGAGCAGAUGGAGGAUGAUGGUGACUGUGCCCACGGCUGCUGCCUGCUCCAGACGUUUUGUUCUCAAAUCUGUGCGACCCAGAAGGGGCCUGUUUAGCCCACCCACUCCAGCCUUUGGCGGCCAUUGUCCCAGUUUUCCCCAUAGGGCCCACGUGGCUCCCUCCCACAGCAGCUGUGAAUGGCACAGUGGCCUUCCCACAGCAUGGAUCCUGCACAUCCUCGAUGCUGGGGGGCUUGUCCCUUCUAUUUAUUUUUGUAUUUAUGUCUUAUCUCUUCAAAUGACUGCACCCUCCCCUGGUAGAGAGGGGAGGGUCUGUGGGAAAGCCCAGUCUCCUUCUCUUGCUGACUGUCUUGUUCUCAGGGUAGGAAGCGUAAAGACUGCUGCUGCUUUUGCUCCCUCCUCCUUCCCAAGAAACAGUGUUGGAGAGAGAGCAGGGAAUUUUUGAGUCUGGGACUCAGUGUGCAGUCCCAGUUCCAUCAGUUACUAGCUGUGUGACCUUGGACAAACUACCUAACCUUUCUGAGCCUCAUACUCCUCAUAGGACAAAAAUGAGGAUAAUACCUACCUCACAGGGUUGGUGUGAGGAUUAAAUGGAAUGUUGUAGAUGAAAAUUCCUUGCACAAGGCCAGAUAUACACAGUAGGCACUCAAUAAAUGUUAGUUUCCCUUCCC